UUAUCCUUGUAUGUUAAGGUACAUGUCUUAUUUAGCUCAAGACAAAUCACAAAAUACUCCCUACGACGAAGAGUAUACAGAGGAAAUUGAAUAUAUCUUGCUACGGAUGCAAAAUAUUGCUCUCUGGGGACCAUUAUACUCUCCAAGCCCUAACCCGAGUUCGCAAUCGCUAUUUCAAGUGCUUAGAGAAUCCAUAGUACUUUCUACAAUUGUUUUCGUGUGUUACUUGGGGCUUGAUAAGUCAAUUGCAUUUGUUUAUCGCUGAAGGGAUGCUAGGGAGGUUUAUACUUCUAGUGGGCAGUCAGAAAUGCAUUCAUAAAUUACUUAUUUUUCCAUUCUCAUUUAUUCUGCUAUUAAACAAAUUUCAACUAAAAUUGCUGUCGAGAAACCAGGAUAAUAGAACCGAGCGUGUUUUUCUCAU